AGCAUAUUUACCACACAUUACACCUCACAGUCCAACAACAGAGAAAACAGAAGAAGAAGAAGAAGGAGAAGCUAAAAUGAGGGUGGACAUACAAGGCAAGUUGAAGCUAGCUAUUGGCACAGUGAAAGAUCAUGCAGCUAUUGGCAAAGCCAUGAUCUACAAUCAUGAAGGCAAAUGCUUUUCCGAUAUAGAGAUCGCAGUUGUGCGUGCAACUGCUCAUGAUAAUGUCCCUAUUGACGAUAAACACAUGCAUCAAAUCCUUUUCUUGGUCUCAAAUGCUCCAGGAUCCGUCCCUUUUCUUGCUGAGAGGAUCUCUCGCCGUCUUUCCAAGACAAAAGAUCCUCUCGUAGCCCUUAAGUCUCUCUUGCUUAUUCAUCGAAUCCUCCGCGGAGGCAAUCGUUACUUUGAGCAACAGCUUCGUUGCUCACAUAUUUCUGGUCAUCUUCAAAUCAGCACCUGCUGGUUCUUCAGAACGUCCAAUUUCUCUUCUGAUCCUUGUGUUUCUUUCCUUCAUAAGUAUGCUGCUUAUCUUGAAGAAAGAAUAGGUUGGGUCAUUAACCAGGCAGGAAAGCUUGAACCUGUUAAUGUUUUGUCUCAAGGGCUGCAAUUUAAGUCUUAUGAUGAGAAGUGGAUUGAUAUGAUAUUUCGUGAACUUCCAAAGUGUCAAGUCUUUAUAGAUAAGGUCUUGGAUUGUUCUCCAAUUCAUAUUCUACCUUCAGAUAAUCUUGCUCAGGCAGCCAUGAGUAACACCUUGAAAGAGAGCUUCCAAGUUUACAUGACAUAUUGUGAAGGAAUAGCAGCACUUGUUAAUAUGUUCUUUGAUUUCACUAUGCCUGCCAGAGCCUUGGCCUGCCAGAUACUCCAGAGAGCGUCUCAGCAAAGCCAAAAGCUUCAUAAUCUGUAUGAGAAUUGCAAAAGAAUUAUUGAUAAUAAGAACUUGGAGUACCCAAUAGUGCAAAUCAUCUCCAUGGAUCAUGUGAAGACAUUGGAGCAGUGUUCAAAGUAUCAUUCUCCUAUACUGGAAUGCCUUGCAAAUAAGCCAACCAAGUUGAAAGCAAAAGGAGAUCAAAAGGAUCAUGCAACUAAUAAUUUUAGCUUGUCUUCUGCUCUUUUCUCAUGUACCCUGGAGACCAAAAUAAGCAAGGUGUGGGUGGUGUUUGAAGAUGAAGAUCAUCAUGAAAAUUUCCCAUGUCAACAGGCCAAGUAGUAGAAGAAAGGAGAAAUUGCCAAUAAGCUUUCCUUUAUUUUAUUGUUUGGAAUUGGAGUUCUUGCUCAAAUGUAAUAUUGACGUGUUUGUCGAGUGAAAUGAAAAUUUUAUUGUCAAAAAAGAAAAUCGAAGAGCAAAUAGAUUACAAGAUUAUCAUUGUUCCUCUCCUCUUUUUCUCUACUCCUGUAGAUCUCUUCCUUGGCUACUAUUGAAUUUCACAAAAUGAUUUUUUUUUAUUUGAAAUAAAUAUAUAUUUAUCUUUUCAGAUUUUGUAUCA